UCAGUUUUACGUCGAGCUCCGGUAUAACCCAAAUCAAAUCUUUGACUCCGAUUUGUUUCCAUUAUGGACAUAAAUACACCGCCAAAGGAGCGCCUGUGAACAGCCUCAGCAAUCGUUACAUUUCACAUUCCACUUUCAGUUUACCUAAGCUAGUGUAACUCCUCCUGAAGCUGUUUCGCUGACUUUCUGGCCCGAAGAAGAGCGUUGGCAGGUGGAGCAGACUUUGACGCUGUGUGACUGUCCAGCACUAAAAACUGACAGCCACCAUGUCAGGUUUAACACUACAGCAAGGUCUGGAAGAGGGGGAUAUUCUCGACCCAGAGUUUCAGCAGCGUUUGGAAGAUGCUCGUACUCUGCUCAGGCAGGAGAUCCAGCGGGAGUUAAAGAUUAAGGAGGCCGCUGAGAGACUACGACGAGCUGUCACUAAUCGCAGGAACGCAUCCGACGUGGAGGGCCAACUCAAAGCCUCAAACCGCAAGUUGGAUAAGUUGCACUGGGAACUGCAGGAGCUCAAUGCCAGGUCUAUGGCCACAGAGAAAGACAACACCACAGGUUGCUUGGAAGAGGAAUACAACCUAUCAGCCGAGUCAUGUCAGUGGGAAGAGGUUACUUCACCAGUGGCUAGUCGAGUCAGAACCCUGAAGAAACAGCUUACCAUGGAGACCAAAGUCAAACAGGGUGCUGAGAACAUGAUCCAGACUUACACCAACAGCUCAGUCAAGGACAGGAAGAUGAUGACCACAGCCCAGCAGAUGUUACAGGACAGUCGCACUAAGAUUGAGCUCCUGCGCAUGCAAAUUAUUAAAGUCAGUCAAGCCAGAGACGAGCGAGAUGGCUUGCAAGGUCAACCUGUGGAGAUGAUCUGUCCUCUGGAGCUGCGAAUAGCUGACCUCAUGCACCACAUGAAGAUUGAAUCGGCUGUAGCAGAAGGUGCCAAAAAUGUGGUCAAGCAGCUGAGUGGACGUAAGAUUCAGGACCGCCGCAUACUUGCAGAGGCCCAGGCGCGAAUGCAAGAGUCAUCUCAGAAGGUGGAUUUGUUACGCCUUUCCCUGGAGAGACGUUUAAGUGAGCUACCUCAGGACCAUCCCAAGCAUGGUGCCAUUAAGGAGGAACUAUUGUUGGGAUCCUCGCCUUCCUAUGGACUACCAAAGAAGCAAUCCAACGCUCCGUCCUGUUCUUCCUUCUUCUUCAAACCUGCCAGUCUAACAGGUCGAUUGGAGGUAUGUUUAAUGGGCUGCCAAGACCUGAUGGAAUCCGUUCCAGGCCGUGGCCAUGUGACCAGUUUUUUAGCCACCCCUGUAAGCAUCUCAGACGGAAAGUCUGUGAAGGUGAAAACCGGCCUAUCAGGACGCAGUGCUAAUGGCAAGACAACCAAGGCUGAGGACCUCUCAUCGGAGAUAAGUGCUGUGCUGAAGGUGGACAACAGGAUAGUGGGGCGCACACACUGGAGACAACUGGGCAAAGAGGCCUGGGGCCAGAGCUUCAGCAUUGAACUGGAACGGUCCAGGGAGCUGGAAAUUGCUGUGUAUUGGAGAGACUGGCGAGCGUUAAGUGGGGUGAAGUUCCUGCGCCUGGAGGAUUUCUUGGAUAACCACCGACAUGGCAUGUGCCUCCAGCUGGAGCCUCAGGGCAUCCUCUUUAUUGAGGUUACAUUUAUCAAUCCAGUCAUUGAGCGGCGUUCCAAACUCCAGAGGCAGAGGAGAAUUUUUCCUAAAGAAAAAGGGAAGGAUUUUCUGCGUGCUGCCCAGAUGAACAUGAACUUUGCCACAUGGGGCCGUUUGAUGAUGAGCAUCCUGCCUCCCUGCAGCUCCAUGGAGCCCAUGAGCCCUCCAUUAGCAGGCCCUAACACUGCCCCACCAUCAUCCAUCACUUCUCCGGCACGAGAUCCUGCUGUUGUUGGUCUAACUUUUACUGAAGAACAACCCGGCAGAAAUCCAGAUUACACAAGAAAGAACACUAAAGACUCUCCUCAGUGUCCUGGUGAGAACAACAGUCCAAAUCCCAAGCGACAUCCCUCAAUUUACUCCCCAGACAGAAACGCAGGGCUUCAGAUGGAAGACUUCAACUGCAUUUCAGUUCUGGGAAGAGGUCACUUUGGUAAGGUGCUGCUAGCAGAGUAUAAGAAGUCAGGCAAAAUGUAUGCCAUCAAAGCCCUGAAGAAAGGGGACAUUGUGACACGCAAUGAAGUUGACAGCCUCAUGUGUGAAAAGCGGAUCUUUGAAGUGAUCAACACAUCACAACAUCCUUUCUUGGUGAACUUGUACGGCUGCUUCCAGACUGCAGACCACGUGUGCUUUGUGAUGGCCUAUUCUCCCGGAGGAGACCUCAUGACACACAUUCACACCAGCAUCUUCACUGAGAAACAGGCCUGGUUUUAUUCUUCAUGUGUACUGCUCGGCCUGGAAUUUCUACACCAAAACAAAAUAGUUUACAGGGAUCUGAAGCUGGAUAAUCUGCUAAUGGAUGUAGAUGGUUUUGUCAGAAUUGCAGACUUUGGCUUGUGCAAAGAAGGCAUGGGCCACGGGGAUCGCACCACAACAUUCUGCGGCACACCAGAAUUUCUGGCUCCAGAAGUGCUGACAGACAACAACUACACCCGCAGUGUGGACUGGUGGGGGCUGGGGGUGCUCAUCUAUGAGAUGCUGGUGGGGGAGUCUCCUUUCCCAGGUGAUGAUGAGGAAGAGGUGUUUGACAGCAUCGUCAACGAUGAUGUGCGCUACCCUCGCUUUCUUUCUCCUGAGUCUGUGUGCCUCAUUCAAAAGCUGCUGCAGAAAACCCCUGAGAUGAGACUUGGAGCAGGAGAGGAAGACGCCUCGGAGAUCAAAAGACACAAAUUCUUUCAGGGAAUGGACUGGAGCGCUCUCCUGGCCAAAAAGAUGAAGCCUCCCUUCCUGCCAGUCAUCAGAGCGCUAAAGGACGUCAGUAACUUUGACGAAGAGUUCACUCGCCUCAAGCCAGUCCUUACGCUCCCACGCACACCCUGCAUCCUCACUGCUGAGCAACAAGAAAUCUUUGCUGACUUUGACUUUUCUUUCAUGAGUUGACCAGAGGGACCCUCUGUCCUGCCACAUCCUUGUGAAAGCAGCUCCUGUUUUACUUUUAUUAGCUAUAAGCUCUUCUAAAUCAACAGACGCUGAGAAACAGUCCUGCCUUUUUCAUGUCCACACAGUUGCAUGUUCACAUAAUCCUAAUGCAUAUUAACACACUAAAAAGUCCUUCAGAUACCAGUGAAGUGCGACAGGCUGCAGCUGAUUUUGUUGGACAAUUGACACAUUUUUACACUCGCUGGGUCUGUAUCAAGAUAGAUCAAGCCGUUGAUCAGCCAUUCAGAAGGCUUUUGGGUUUACAUUAUGAAAUGUUGUAAGUGCUAUCUUUUUAUAAGUGGACAUUUUUUGAUCCCUGUCUAUCCAAAGAUCUAAACUUGAAAUAUUUGUGAUCUUAACGAAGAAAAGUGACUCUAAAGGCCAAAGCAUUACAUUACAUUACAGUACUGCAAAGUACCUUCUGCAAUUUUGUAUAACCAUUAUACGUCCAUCUGUCGGUAACCUCUUAUGUUGUUGGGAUGUAAUAUACUGAAAAUACACAAAUUGUCGAUUUGUUUUUUCAUAGACGUUUCUUAGUCAAUACAACUGUAUUUGUUAUUUUAAAAUACUAUCAUAAAGAUUAUGCUUCUAUAGAACAAACCAGCCUGUUUGUAAAGUGUAAACUUUAAAGA